AUGGAUCACCAGAGGAGCGGCGCGGCGGCGCUGUUCGACCAGGUCCUGUGGGAGGUGCCGGGCCACGUGCUGCCGUGGCUGUCGCCGGCGGACAAGGCCAGUUUCGGGUCGGCGUCGUGGAGCACGCUGGAGGCGGUGCUGCAGGACAGGGACGCGACGCUGCGCGUGGACCGCGGGGGCAGCCUCCUCGCCUCGCUGGCGGCGCGGGUGAGGACUGGGGGCCUGCGAGUGCGGGCAACCCUCGAGUGCUGCGGCGUGGGGGUGGCGGGGGCGCGCUCGCCGGACGUCCUGAACGCAGCGCUCGCCGACAUCGCGGCCCCACCGCCAGAGGGCCACACGCGCUUGUCGAUGGAGUGGUGGCACUUCAUGUUGCGGUUGAUUCAGAGCACCGAUGCCGACACGCCGCUGCUGACGGGGCUGGUGCUGCGGUCGCUCGCGCUGUCCGGCACCGAAGAUGCGGAGAUGACGGUGCUGCAGCACGUCCUCAGGUACAGGGCGGUGAGGGACACGCUGCGGUGUCUGCGGCUGCGACGCGAGUGGGACGAGGCGCAGCUGGCGGAGACACUGCGCGGCCUGAAGGCGCUCCGCCACCUGGAGCUUGUCGAUCCGGCGUGUUAUUGCGACGACGACGAGGACCUGCGCGGGGUGGAGCUGGUGCGCGCGCUGCGCACAUGCCCGGGGCUGCGCCGGCUGGACUUGUCGGGCGCGCAUUUCGGGUCGGAGGGGACGCGUUUGUUCGGGGAGUGGCUCUUGGGCGCCGCGGAGCUCCGCGUCUUGACGAUAAGGACCUGCAGCUUCUCGCUGAACCCCCAGCAUGAUCCGAUACCAUGUCGCCUUCCACCCAGCCUGGAGGUGUUCGAGGCGACGGAGUCCACGUUGCCCUGGGUGGACAACUGGGACGAGGUCACGAAUCUGCGCAAGCUCGUGAUCCGCCACGUGGAGGCGCCGCAGACACCUGACCCGAGCGGAGAGUACGUCGAUUGGUUUUUCGAAUCGGAUGCAAGGCGCCUGGCCAGCGCUAUUCAGGGGAGUCAGGUGCUCCAGCACCUGGAACUCACGACGGGUGAGACUGCUAGCUUCCACUACGACGGCGCGGGGACGUGCGCGUUGCUAGCUGCGGCAGCUGAGUGUCGCAGCCUGGAGGUCCUCGACCUUCGGGUGCGCCGGUACGGCAGAAGCGUCGCGGAGCUGACCAGCGCGCUUGUGGGGCUGCUGCGACGGUGCAAGCGCGUAAGGGAGGUGUCGCUCCACAAUGCGGGCCAGUGCCCGUUCGACUUCGCUGCAGUGGCAGCAGCCCUGCAGGAGAGCGGCGUGCGCAAACUGGUGCUUGAUGAAUGCCGCGUCGAUGAUGAUGGCGCGGCGGCUCUUGCAGGCGUCCUGCUCGAGAGAGGUCUCGAGUGCCUCUCGAUCACGACCUUCUGUCAGUGCAGCGGCCUCACCGCGGUGGGAGCCUCUCACCUCGCGACCCAGCUCGCCCGGACGAGUCUGCUGCGUGAGCUGGACAUGUCCGGCAAUCGGAUCGGCUGCGACGGCGUGGCAGCGCUGGCGGCCGCACUGCCCCGGUCGGGCGUCCGCAAGCUCGGGCUGCGCGAUUGCGCAAUCGGCGGCGUCGGGGCAAGGUGCCUGGCGGCGGUGCUGAACCACACAUUGCUGCGCGAGGUCGACCUGUGCUCAAACACGUUCGGCGACGAGGGGGCGAAGGCGCUGGCGGUGGCGAUCGCGGACAGCGCGACGCUGGUGUCGCUGGAUCUGAGUUGCUGCGAUAUCACCGGCGCGGGUGGCAUGGCGCUGUCGGAGGCGCUGCGUGAGGCGGCAACGGUGGAGACGCUGGAUCUGCGUGAGAACAAAUUCAACGACGCGGAUGUCAGGGCAAUGCGCCACAUGCACAGCGGCAACAGCGACAGGAUCUUGCUCGCGGACCGGUAG